AUGGAUUUAACAGCUACCAGAGUUUGUUCAGGAGUCAACAGUAACGAGACUCUCCUGUCCGCUGGACUCGUGAGCGCCCCCUGUAGUGUGGACCUGCAGCAGUACGCUUGCUCUUCGAUCACAAGCUUCACUCCUGAAAGCCUGGCUGGGCUCCUGAAGUGUCAACUAUCCAGCAGAAGAAGUUACUCCAAGGAGAUCUGGAAACUCCUUUUCACCAAAGCAAAUGAUGUUCUGGACGGAGCCCUCGUCAUCUUCUCCAGCACAGCGGCAAAUAUGUCUCAGCCAAUCAGAGGUGAUGUCGUGUCCCAAGUGCUGGAUGUGAUUGGAGAGCUGAGACUGGAGCGCAUCAGUCCUGACCAAUGGAGUGACCAGCAAAACCUCAACUGCCAAACUUACCAGCACAUCCUGUCAGAGGUCACACUUGUCAAUGAGACCCAAGGAAGAAACAUGGCGGACUUCUUCAUCCUGGCCUUCCUCAGAAGAAACGCAACAGAUGCGGGCUGUGUGUCGACUGCUAACAACAGCGCUGAGUGGCUGCAGAAGAACUUUGGCUCGUUCUCUCAGUUCGUGUCUCUCAGAGAUCUGCUCUCCAUCAACGGACUCUUUAAUCCCUUGGAGACCCUGGACAAUCUCACUCCAAAGCAGGUGGCUGGACUGAUGGCUGAUAAUCUGCCUGGUCUUCCAGAGAAGGAAGUCAUCAUCAAUAGAGUGUUUGAUCAUCUGCUUGUGUCUCCUGUGGAACGAGGACUUCCUGAUGUUCUCCAAAACCUGCUCUUAAUCUCACAGAUGACCAUUAUUCCGUGCAGCUCCUACAUACUGAUAUUUCAGAGGCUGUUUCAGGCUUUACCUUCCCUGCCGACAGAGAUGGAGACUCUGGUCUUCCACAUAACUGGAGAACUCAAGCAGAAUGGAGCAAGAGACUGCUCACUUCCUGAACCUCCAACAUGUUUGAUCACACCUGUGAAUGGUAAGUGCAUUUCUACAUUACACCUGUUUGGGAUGUUGAACCAAUCAGCCUGUGUAACGGAGUCUGAAUGAAUGCUGUGAUAAACUGAACCUGAAUCCUUGCAUUAGCCAACAUCCAUAAGCACUGAGGCCAAAGUUUCGGAGAUUUCGUCUCUAUUGAGCGUACUGUAUUAGGCUAAGCUUUAAGCAUUGUUAUUUUGAUACGAAACAAAGUCUCAGAAUUGCAAUUAUGGCCAUUUUAUUAGGAAAUUCAAUCAACGAAAACCGCUUUGGCGUUCUUCAAUGUGGCAUGAUAGAUCGCUGCAGCCAUCUCAGACCAAGCAAAGUGUCAGCGCAAAGUGCUUUCACUUUACUACUAGUGGGUGCUCGCCUGUGCGUAAACAAACGCAUAGCAAAAGACUCGUGACAGUCUCAUUUUUGUUCUGGAGGCUGAUGAUCCCGCGCUCUGCUGCCACACUGGAUG